AGACCCACCCGCUGCUAAAUUAUUAUCAAAAUUCAACUACUACUGCAAUUAAAAAUUUCUCAGAUUUAAUCUUCUUCGAUUCUUCGCCAUUGUUGUUCUUGCCGUUCCAGAUCGGAGCAUGCAAAUCCCCGAAUCCGAAACUCACAGCAUAUGAAAUUCAUUCAUGCAAUCGUAAGAGACUGAUGGGGAAGCCGGCGAAUCCAUGGAUGGGAGUGCAGAAGAAGAAAUGGUCGUUGCUGGUUCUGGCACUGUUUUCACUCUCCACCGCCAUGGUUUUCUUUAUGAGAACUGCGUUCGAUUCGUGCAGCGCGAACACUGGUGGUCGUUUCGGUGAUGGAGGUGAUAGAACCGCCGAGGUGGUCCACUCCGCCGCCGGUCGAGCCGCGGGGACCGGCGGACCGAACCCUCUGGAUUUUAUGAAGUCCAAGCUGGUUCUCUUGGUCUCCCACGAGCUCUCCCUUUCCGGAGGUCCAUUGUUGCUGAUGGAGCUGGCGUUCUUGCUGAGAGGAGUGGGGGCGGAGGUUGUUUGGAUAACGAAUCAGAAGGCGGAGGAGGACGGCGAGGUGGUUUACAGUUUGGAGAACAAAAUGCUGGACCGAGGAGUACAGGUCUUCCCCGCAAAGGGUCAAAAAGCUAUAGAUGCAGCUCUUAAGGCUGAUUUGGUUGUUUUAAAUACUGCUGUUGCUGGAAAAUGGUUGGAUGCUGUUCUGAAGGAAAAUGUUCCUCGUGUUCUUCCAAAGGUGUUGUGGUGGAUUCAUGAAAUGCGAGGGCAUUAUUUCAAAGUGGAGUAUGUUAAGCACCUCCCUUUCGUUGCAGGUGCCAUGAUUGAUUCACAUACAACAGCAGAAUAUUGGCAGAAUAGGACUCGGGAACGUUUAGGGAUCAAAAUGCCUGAAACCUAUGUUGUUCACCUUGGAAAUAGCAAGGAGCUAAUGGAAAUCGCUGAAGAUAGUGUAUCCAGGAGGGUUCUUCGUGAGCAUGUCCGAGAGUCUCUUGGAGUUCGAAAUGAAGAUCUACUCUUUGCCAUCGUUAAUAGUGUUUCGCGUGGAAAAGGUCAGGAUCUAUUUCUUCGUUCCUUUUAUGAAAGUCUGCAAAUUAUCAAGGAGAAGAAAUUGCAGGUGCCAUCUAUGCAUGCAGUAGUAGUGGGAAGUGAUAUGAGUAAGCAGACAAAAUAUGAAUCAGAACUGCGCAACUAUGUGAUAGAGAAAAAGAUUCAGGAUCAUGUUCACUUCGUGAAUAAAACCCUUACUGUAGCUCCUUAUCUGGCAUCGAUUGAUGUUCUUGUUCAGAAUUCUCAGGCCCGAGGAGAGUGCUUUGGAAGGAUAACUAUUGAAGCAAUGGCUUUUCAGCUGCCUGUGCUGGGCACAGCAGCUGGGGGCACCAUGGAGAUUGUCGUGAAUGGCACGACAGGACUGCUGCAUCCUGUGGGUAAAGAAGGUACGGCAUCACUGACAAGUAACAUUGUGAAAUUGGCGACGCAUGUAGAGAGGAGGUUGACAAUGGGCAAGAAAGGUUACGAGAGAGUGAAGGAAAGAUUUUUGGAACCACACAUGGCACAGAGGAUCGCUUCGGUUCUAAGGGAGGUGUUGCAGAAAGCAAAGAGCCGCUCCGAUUCUUAACUUGCAGGACACUUUUGCGAUUCGUUUUGUAUCAUAUGUGGCAGAUUAGGUCAAUUUAAGAGAAAGUGAUAUGGAUACCAGGAAAUCAAAAUCUAGAGAACAUCUUGGACAUUGAAUUCGAAUUCAUCAAUGGUGUAUACAUAUAAUUUUGUAUAAUGUAAAUUUGUUUGCGUAUGAAAUGUUAUGAAAGUGAUGACGGAGUCAUUUUUCA